CCACUCACUCACUGGCCGGCUAGCAUGCUAACCCGCCUUUGGCCAGUAGAAUCAUUCGCAUUUCAUAGACAAGCUAACGCGAUGUGCUUCACAUGAUUGAAAAGCAUUUCAAAACCAAGAGCAGAAGACAUUUAAAAAGCAAGUAGUCGAGUUUGUCGUCAAAAGUUAAGCCCGUUUCGCUGGAUUUUCUUUUUCUCACAAUUGAGGGUACAAUCGGAUUUAGUCAACCUUAACCUCAGUUUAGUAAUCCGUUGCCUCCAUUUACCAAUCUGUACCCUCAGUUUAGUCAAAUGUCUGGGGCUCCGUAUGCCUGCGUAUCUGUCAAGUCAAGUCAAUUCGAUGUGGAUGUUCUAUUCCUCCUGGUGUGAAUUCUGUGAAUACAUUGUCAUGUCGUGAUAUAGCCUGCAUCCCGUUUUUUUUCUCAACCCCCUCGAUCUACAGCAAUAUUGUUGAUCAAUCUUUAGGACUACUAGAAUUGUUUCCUUUCGCUUUCCGUGCUUUGAAGCAUUCGCUCGCUGCAGUCGCGCUAUCAUGACAACCUUCUUAUUAUCCCCGACAUGUUUUGACUUUAGCGUGGUCUUUUCUGGCGCAUAGCUGCCACCAAAGGGGUCCUAGUUGAGUUGAGUCCUGGCCGGAGAAGUUCGCGAACGGACAAAUGCGUCUGUGAUGGAGCAAGCAAUGUAUACAGAGCCCCAGACAUUCGCUAAAGCGAGGGAACAGAUUAUCAAUGGAUUUCGUUUUUCUCAUACCUUGGCACCAGGGGGGGGGGGGCUCCUCCGUACAUUAGAGAAUGUACCUCGUACCAAGUAACCUCGGCUCAUAUACUAGAGCACUGAGAUGUAUCUUUAUUGACCCAAAGUAAUAUCACCCUGGUUCAGAUCAAGACCACUUUUAUCAUAUACUGAAGGCAUAAAUUAUAUUUGCUCAAGGAAAUGUUUUUCCCCCCCUCCCCCCAAGUGAUGCAGUUCUCGUCAGCGUCACGUGAGGGUAAUAGUAGUUGUAAAAGUUGGCAGCGGUGUUGUUCGUGUAAGCAAUGCACAUCAACUGGGAUGCACUUUGAACUACGAAAGCCGCACAAAAAAUAACUUUUUUAAAUCAGCCUGACAAUUCUAAGGUCAGUUGCCCAGCUGUUUUAUAAAUAAACCUAAUAAUUAGGGCUGCACAAUUACGGCUCAAAUAAUUGGAUCAAUAUUGUAAUCACGAUAGUCACUGAUGAUGUAGUGCUACACUGGUGAGCGCGGCGGGGUCAGUUCCCACUCGGUGACGGGGUGAAUGUGAGUCUGAAUGCUUGUCUGUCUCUCUACGUGCCCUGCGACUGACUGGCGACCGGUUCGGGGUGGAGUCCGCCUUUGGCCCGGAGUCAGCUGGGAUGGGCUCCGGCGCCCCGUAACCCUGAAUAGGAUGCAAGUGCUGGAGACGAUGGAUGGAAGGAUGGAAUUAUGAUAAUGAAUCACAGUUAUCAUGUUAGGGUUUUUAUUGCACUACUUUUUAACAAACUAUAUAGAGUGCAAAUAUUUUCAUUGCAAAAUGAAACUUUCCAACAAAUGAAUGAUCAUUUUAGAAUAAAUAAUAAUAAUGAACAAGGGCUAACUGCAUAAAUAUGCAAUCAUCCUGCUCCCCCUUUUGAGGCAGCCGCGCUCGCUCUCAUCAGUCCGCCCAGCGCUUUUAGGGUGCGCUCGCUUCUCAUUUCGGCAGCUUAAGAAAGCCUUAAGCAUGCGUUCGCCCCCUGGUGGUUGACGCAACUCGGCCGACUCCUGCUCGGGGAAGUGCUCGAUGAGAUGUGCGGGACAGCUCGCGUUUUAAAGGUCAAUAUUGCUGAAGAUCGGGUUAAUUUAAUCGCGCCAGCCAAAGUCGUGCAUCACCAUUAAAAUCCCAUUCAUUUUGCAGCCCCGCUAAUCAUAAACAUUAACCAUAAGAAAUGGGAUCAAAUACAAAAGCUGUGAACUCGCAUUUCUCCAGCAAACAUACAAUGUUAAUGCGCCCGUCGUGUGGAGCCGCACCGCGUUGAAUAACGCGGCAGUCAUCGGCAUAGUUCGUUCCGUAGAGUCUGCAGUCGAGUUCGAGCGGCGGCGUCAUCGCCGGACGCUGCGGCGCUCCGCUUCCUCUUCUGGCGUUGUCGUUUAGUGGCAAGGCGCUUCCCUUUUGCGCUGUUGUUGCUCGCGUGUCUCAGCUGUCACUUUGUGCUAGCGCAGCCACGAGGCGACAGGUGAUUACACAGAAAACAACUCGACUCGCAAGGCAAGUCUGCUAGGAUCCGGCCGCAUGGAGUCCGAGCCUGGCAUCGUGUCGCCCUUCAAGCGGGUCUUCCUGAAGGGCGAAAAGGGACGGGACAAGAAGGCGCAGGAGAAGUCCGCAGAGCGCCGGGCCCUCCACACCGUCUCUCUCCCGCAACCCGACCACCGCAUCGACCCCGACAUUCUGCUCAAUGAUUACAUCGAGAAGGAAGUCAAAUAUUUGGGCCAGCUGACAUCAGUGCCAGGAUACUUGAACCCAUCGAGCAGGACAGAAGUCCUGCAGCUCAUUGACAAUGCCAGAAAGUCUCAUCAAUUGGCGGGCCAGCUGACGUCUGAGCAGGACGCCGUCGUGAGCUUGUCGGCGUACAACGUCAAGCUGGUGUGGCGAGACGGCGAGGGCAUCAUCCUGAGGGUGCCCAUCCACGACAUCGCCGCCGUCUCUUACAUCCGGGACGACUCUUUGCACCUCGUCGUCAUCAAGACGGCCCAGGAAUCCGGAGGCUCUCCCUGCCCCAGCUCCUGUCCCGAUCUCAACAAAUCUCAGACGCUCAGCUCCUUGUCGGAGAGCGGCGCCGUGCUGAUGGAGGUGUGCUGUCUGCUCGUCCUCGCCGUCGACAACAAGGCAGCAGCAGAGGAGUUGUGCCUUCUGCUCAGCCAAGUCUUUCAGAUCGUCUACACCGAGUCCACCAUCGACUUCUUGGACAGAGCCAUCUUCGAUGGUGCCACCACACCCACAAGACAUCUUUCCCUCUACAGCGACGACUCGUCAAGCAAAGUGGACAUUAAAGAGUCGUUUGAAGGCGAGGCCAGCCCUUUUCCAUUCCAGGUGUCAACGGAAGCAGACGGCAACUCCCCGUCGGCUUCCGGCCCCGCCUCCCCCCAGGCCAAGGCGGCGAGCGAAGGGGAGCUCAGCACCACAGCUGCCGAGCUGCUCCAGGACUACAUGACCACGCUGCGCACAAAGCUGUCCUCCCAGGAGAUCCAGCAAUUUGCUGCGCUGCUGCACGACUACCGUAACGGCUCCUCGAUCCACGAGUUUUGCAUUAACCUGCGGCAGCUCUACGGGGACAGCAGGAAGUUUCUACUGCUCGGCCUGCGUCCCUUCAUCCCCGAGAAGGACAGCCAGCACUUCGAGAACUUCCUGGAGACCAUCGGCGUCAAGGACGGCCGCGGCAUCAUCACCGACAGCUUCGGCCGCUACCGGCGCGCGGCCAGCUCCGCCUCCGACUCCACCGCCAACGGCAACGGGGCGGCGGGAAGCGGCGGAGACGGCAUCGCCUCCGACGAGGGCCCGGAGGAGGGGGACGAGACCUCGGAGGGCGACGAGUGGGACCGUAUGAUCAGCGACAUCAGCAACGACAUCGAAGCGCUCGGCUGUAGCAUGGACGGCGAAGGUGCUACGCCGUGAUGCCGCAUCCGGAACUGAUUGAUCACAUGAUCACACUGGAGAUCAGUCAAUCGAAUGCACUUGCGGUCGAUGGUUUGUGAUUUUUUUUUUUAACACACUUAUAGGCAGUAUCUGCCACUGCUGUCAGCAAUGUAGCGACAACUCGUUCCUCACACGUGUGACACGUUUAUUAGGAUGAUUUUGUAUUAUUGCUGCCUUCUUUUUUGGUUUCCCCUACGUGCUGUUCACCCCCCCCCCCCCCCCCGCCUAUUUGCAAUUUGCGGCCAUUUGUUUAUUUAAUUUGUCCUCUGUUAUGUUGUGCUCUGAAACAUCCUAAGCUGUCUUGGUGCCAAGGAACUAUUUAGAUCUUGAACGAGACCAAUGUGAUAUCUGAAAAGUCGUUAAUUGUAAGCCAUUUGUCACCUUUAAGCGCCGUCGUAGACGGAGGAAAGCCCACUCCAACAAACAAUUUGCGGGCGGCGUGGCGCAGAGGGUAAGUAUCCCCGCCCGAGCGCAUGUCGUCGGCGUGUCCCUGGGCGAGACUCUUAACCCACCGUGCCCGUGUAUGAAUGCGGUCGGACGUUUGGUGGCGUAGGUGCGGAAUGGCAGCCGCGCUUCUGUCAGACUGCCCCCUGCGCGAGUAGUUUACUACCACCGGGCAGCAAUGGUGUGUGUGCAAUCGUAAAGCGUAUUUGAGCGCCAUGCAGAAUUAGAAAUAUUUAUUCAUUACUGUACUACGUCACUAUUGUGACAAGGCUUUUGACACCAUCUUGUGGCACUUCAAGGUGUUUUAGAGAGCAAAAGGAAAAAAAAACACAAAUCGGUGACAUUUCAGCAAAUAGCAAAGAUUCCCCCAAAACUUUGCGUUGGAAUACGAUUCUCAUUUCUAACUUUCAAACUGUCCCAAACUGAGGCUCCGGGGACCCAAAGUGAUUCUCAAACGGGUUUCUUAACAAAAAGGGCUUUUGGUUUGUAUGUGUGUGUAAUCAAUAGUUGAUGUAUGAUAUGGCAAUAUUAGAUUUUUUUUGGUAGCCAAUUUAAGGGGGGGGGGGGGGGGAGACAUUUUUCCUGGAAGAAUUUGGGAACAAGUGUUUUGUUGUUUCAUCGGCGUUGUAUCAAUCCCCAAUCGUGCCUUCAAAACUGUAGCACGGUCGUGCGGUGGAAUCGUUGUGCAGAUGUUUAUUAAAGAACAGAUACUUUUUGAA